GGGGGGGGGGGGGCGGGGGGGGGGUCCCGGGGGGGGGGGGGGGGGCGCGGGGGCCCCGGGGGGGGGGGGGGGGGGGGGGGGGGGGGGGGGGGGGGGGGGGGGGGGGGGGGGGGGGGGGGGGGGGGGGGGGGGGGGGGGGGGGGGGGGGGGGGGGGGGGGGGGGGGGGGGGGGGGGGGGGGGGGGGGGGGGGGGGGGGGGGGGGGGGGGGGGGGGGGGGGGGGGGGGGGGGGGGGGGGGGGGGGGGGGGGGGGGGGGGGGGGGGGGGGGGGGGGGGGGGGGGGGGGGGGGGGGGGGGGGGGGGGGGGGGGGGGGGGGGGGGGGGGGGGGGGGGGGGGGGGGGGGGGGGGGGGGGGGGGGGGGGGGGGGGGGGGGGGGGGGGGGGGGGGGGGGGGGGGGGGGGGGGGGGGGGGGGGGGGGGGGGGGGGGGGGGGGGGGGGGGGGGGGGGGGGGGGGGGGGGGGGGGGGGGGGGGGGGGGGGGGGGGGCUCGGGCGGCGGUUCCGGCGGGCGAGGGGCGGGCUCCGGCGCUCCCGGCGGCGAGGGGCGAGGC